UUGCUAAAAAAGGAGAAUGUUACUUAUGCAAAGACGUAUUUAGUCAAAGGUGCUAUCAAUUUUAUCUGCUUUAUUCAUUUGUGCGCUUUCUCUCAAAUUGUGAUCAGUAGUCUUCGCAAUUAUUUUGAUUAUAACCGAGCGAAUCUUCAUUUUCAGCUCGCUGUCACUGCCAUCUGCCUGUUUGUUAUUCUUCCACUAACGCUUGUUGGAACGGUUCUAGGUCGCAACAUGUCCGGCCAAGGAGAUUAUCCCUGCAGAGUGAAUGCCGUGCCUCGUCCAAUACCUGAUAAGAAAUGGUUCGUGCAGCCUUGGCUGAUCGUGCUUAUGGGUGGAGUUCUGCCAUUUGGCAGCAUUUUCAUAGAGAUGUAUUUUAUCUUCACAUCGUUCUGGGCUUACAAAAUCUACUACGUGUACGGUUUUAUGCUUCUUGUCACUAUCAUCCUGGCAAUCGUCACUGUUUGCGUCACCAUCGUCUGCUGCUACUUCCUGUUGAAUGCUGAAGACUACAGAUGGUGGGUACUUUGCAUACAAGCGCUUCAAUUUUGUAGCUAUUGCAAAUCUUAG